AGAAAAACAAGAUGUCGGCCACGCUGAGAGCACGUUUCAUAAGUCAAGCUCGUGGUUUUUUGUCAGUAUGUGUUACUGUGCCACAGAGGCAUGUGCCGCGUCUCUUACAACAAAAUACAAAGCUUCUUGUCACAUCCAUACAGAGGCGUUUAAUAAGCAGGUCAAGUGUACUGAGUGUCUAUGGGCAGGGCAGGCCAUAUCUGGAUGAAGAUGGGGAAGAGUUUGCUGACAUUGAUGAAACUGAAGUUGAUAAACUCAGGCGAGACCAGAGAGCGUAUAAGGAAGAAGACCAACAUGAUAAAUGGUCAAAUUAUGACAUAGAUGAAGAACUGAUUGAAACUUUGGAAGACCUUGGCUAUUCUGCACCAUUUGAAAUUCAGUCCAAGACUUUGAAACCCCUCUUAGAAGGAAAAAAUGUAAUUGGCAAAGCAGCCACAGGCAGUGGGAAAACCUUGGCAUUUGGCAUACCAAUUAUAGAGCUGAUAAUGAGAAGUGGAAGGCUGGAAAGAGGAUUCAGGAGGAAACCAUGUCACCCAUUGGCAGUUGUGAUUGCCCCAACAAGAGAAUUGUGUCUACAAAACUACAGGUGUAUCAUGGAGUUAAAUCCAAAGGUGCGCUGUGUGCCUGUGUAUGGUGGAAAUAGUAUUUCUGUACAGAUGGAUAAACUCAGAGCAGGGGUAGAUGUUGUCUUAGCAACCCCAGGUAGACUCAUGGACCUCAUAAAUCGUAGUAAUUGCAAUUUGUCAGAAAUGAAGCUUUUAUGUCUGGAUGAAGGUGACCAUUUGUUGAAUCCACAAUUUAGGGAUGACAUAGAGAGUGUCUUGCAACUUGCCAAGAAACAAAGUCAAUCAUUGGUCUUUAGUGCCACCAUGCCACGGUCUGUGAGACAAGUAGCUAAUGAAUAUAUAACAGAUGUUGAGUAUGUGGACAUUGCAGAUGCACAGGAGAAAAACAUGAAGCAUGUCCAGCAUUGUGAAUUACUCAUGCCGAGAGAGAAAAUGCUUGCAGCAGUGAGUGCUUGUAUCAGAGAAUAUUGCCACAAUAGGUGUAUUGUCUUUUUAGCAACCAAAGUGCAGACCAAAGAGGUUGCCAUGGCUCUCUCCAGAGGUGGACAUUCUGCCAAAGCCAUAAACUCCAAUCUGAGUCAAAAUUCAAGAGAACAAAUUUUAAAGGGUUUCAGGAUGGGAAAAAUAAAAAGCUUAGUGGCAACAGAUGUUGCAGCUAGAGGCUUGGAUGUUCCAGAGGUGGACUUGGUGAUUCAGGUUGACCCCCCAACAAAUGGAUUGGACUACUACAUUCAUAGAUCUGGUAGAACGGGACGCGCUGGGCGACAAGGCUACUCUAUAUUGAUCCAUCCUGGAGAAGGUCUUAGUAAUAGUCUAAGUAAUGUAAUCAGAGAGAUAAGGCAACAAGUUGAUAUUAGGCAAAUAGAGUGUCCAGAAAUCACUGACAGUGAUUUGAAGCUAAGGUCGGAAGCUGUCCUCAGAGGCCCACCAAUCAUCCCUGCAGGAGGCUCACGGAAAAGGAAUAGGUUUGGAAGCUGGAGCUACAGAAGUGUGGGCCAAAGUCGUGGAGGCUUGGGGGAUUCCUUCAGAGGAGAGAGCAGGGGUGGAUAUAACAGACCCUAUGGCGGCAACAGAGAGGGAGGAUUCAGAAGGUCUGGUGAUGACUAUUUUGAUCAAGGCGGUUCUCGCAGUUUUGGCAGACAGAGAGGCGGGAGAAAGUAUGAUGAUGAUGAUGAUGUCGAUUCUCGCAGUUUUGGCAGACAGAGAGGCGGGAGCAGGUAUGAUGAUGAUGUAGAUUCUCGCAGUUUUGGCAGACAGAGAGGCGGGAGAAGGCAUGAUGAUAACUUUUUUGAUGAAGUCGAUUCUGACAGUUUCGACAGAAGAGGUGGAUUUGGCAGUGAUGAUGACGAAUAUGUCAAAUAUUAAUUGUUGAUUCACUGGACAUAAAGUAACUGGUGUGUUGGAUCCCUCUUAUUGUCCAUAGAUGCGAAAUGUAAAUUGGUGAAAGACGUCAAGUAAACAGUGGCUUUAAAGCUUUUGUUGUGCAAAUUGUAUUUAUGUACAGACAAAAAAAUAGGUUAUUUAAAGUGAUGACUCAUGUAAAUAAGUCAUAAAUAUACAAAUUAGUGAAAAACUAGUUGACUUUUUGUUUUCAAACUUGCAGAACUGAUGAAUAUUGACAAA